AUUUUUAGUAAGAUGUGAGUUACCUGCAAGACAAAGUUUUGACAAGAGAUUAGUACAGAGUAUUGUCAGAAUCAUGAAAUGCCUGUGUGAGGAAAGUGUAAGGCAGAUCAGCAUUAUCAGUGCAAAGUUGAACAGAUAAGGAGUUCUCAGCAAUUGGAGUACCAAGUCCAGAGUUUGGAGAGAUUGAUUGGAGUUACUCAGGGACACUUUGAGCAGUUCUAUAUUGAAGGGAGAUGGCCUAACUUUAAAGAAGCCAUUACAGAAGUUGAAACCAGGUUUUUUGAGCUUGAACAGAAAGUCAAGAAAGCAAUUGAUGGGAAGAACUUUUUAGACUUUGAAGAUUGUGAAACUGAGCUAGCCAACUUAAGAGCUGAUAUUAAUCAAAAUUCAGUGAUAAUUGAAGUGAUGAGUGAUUCUUAUCAACAGCUAAUCGUAAAGCAGAAAUUAAAAGAUUGCUCAAAUUUUAGUCUGUCUGAGAGAAAUUUUAUUGGAGAAGCUACAAAAGAUAAGAAUAUCACUCAAGGCUUGACUAAUAAGAAGCAUCAAGAAUCAAAUCAAAUGCCAGCCUUUUCAUCAAACUCAAAAUGAAAUAUCUUCACUAAUAAAACCCCUUUUGAAUGUGAUAAAUCUAAACACACAAACUCAGAGAGAAGAAAUGAGAACUCUCAGAAUCCCUUCCUCAAUCACAACCCUUUCUCAAUAACUCCACUCAACACAAACCAACCUCAUAACCCCUCUCUCGUCUCCAAAUCUCCCUCACCUAAUAGUGAACAGAAGGAUGAGGAGGAUAAGAGGGAUGUAGAGAAGAAGGUGGGGAGGAGGAAGGGAGAGGGAGGAGAUGGGAGUAAGGAGAAGGAAGAGUGGAAUGGAGAGGGAAGGGAUUUAGAGAAGACUUCAGAUAGUGGAGGGGUUAGUGAAAAAGUGGGAGAUGGAGGUUCUACUGAAAAGAGGAGAGAAGAUGAGGUUCAGGAGAGUGAUGGGGAGACAGAAGAGAAGCCUAAUUGUACUUUGAGUAUGAAUAUAACUAAGAGUGAUAAGGUUGAAUUUAUGAAAGAGCAUAUUGAAAGAAAGUAUAAAUUUUUGGAGAUAAGUGAUUUCUAUUUGGGUAUUGACAGCAGUCAAAAAGAGCUUUUUGAGGAUUUUAUCAGGAAUUGUAUGAAUAAAGGAUCAUAUGACUUACUCUCACUAAAUAAAAACAAAAGUCUCUCAAUUUUGAAUUUCUCAGAUUUUCAGUCAUGCUUUGAAGAAUUAAUGAAAAAUCCCCCAAGAACUCUAGAUCUGAACAAUUUCAUUCUUACAGAAAAAGAUUUCAAAUACUUAGCAAAUGCCAUCAAGACUAAAAGCAUUAAAAUCAAACUAUCAUGCUGCAAAUACUCCUCCCCCUUCACCUCCAACCCAGUAAUAAUCCCCUCUUCCUUCAAAGAAAAGUACCACAUAAGCUACAUUUACAACACUUUCUUCUAAUCUACCAAAACAAUCAAAUCUACACUCAUAACUCAAUUUCAAUCAUCUAU